AUGGCAGCGCCUCCGCCGCCUCCUCCCCCCGCGAGAGGCGGGCUGUCCCUCUACGCGAACCUCCUCGACCCGGCCGCCGACUCCUCCUCCGCGACGAUAUCCAGCGCGCCGGUCCGUUAUAAUCAAGAUGCCGCCGGCGCAGACGGAAAAGACGACGCGGCGACCAAGAAGCUCAUAGAUCCAUCCCUCCGCUUCCAACCGAUCCGCAGACCACAAGCCAAAUCCAACAAACCAGCGAAACCGACAUUCCCCAAGACGAUCCCCGGCGCGGCAGCAACAGCAGCACCAUCAUCAGCCCCCUCGGCACCGGCACCAGCACCGCCGCCAAAAAGCACCCUCGCCGACUGGGCCGCGACGGAAGACGACGAGUUCCGCUACGGCGCGCCCGACCGCUCCGCCCACCAACGCGGCGGCCGCCGCAAGAAGAAGAAGAAGAAUCACGACCAGCACGUCGAGACCAACUGGGACGACAUCUACGACCCCUCCAAGCCCACCAGCGUCGACGAGUACCUCCGCAGCGACGAGCGCAUCCGCGAGGUCCAGGAGUGGAAGAGGCUGCUCUACCGCCACCGCCGCAGGAGGAGCUCGAGCGGCGGCGGCAGCAGCGACGACGAGGCGGAGCGCCGGCCCGCGAUGAACCAGUUCGCCCCGCCGGCGGAGUACUCCUUCGUGCCCCCUCCCCCGGCAUCACCACCGCCUCCCCCAGCGGCCCCGAUCCCCGACGAUGCGACAGGCGACGACGCCUACGCCCGCCGACAAGCCCUCUCCUCCGCGCCGCCACCACCUCCUCCCGCACCAACAGACGAAGCAACCAUAUCCCGCGCCCCAGUCCGCUACACCCCAGCCGAACCCGAAGAACCCCCCUCCCCGCCACCGACCCUCGGCCUCGGCGCCUCACGAGACGAACCCGACCCCGACGCCCCGCGCUCCACCCGGCCCGGCCAGGCCGGCUUCGCCCAGCGCCUCAUGUCCAAAUACGGCUGGACCAAGGGCUCCGGCCUGGGCGCCGACGAGGGCGGCAUCGUCAACCCCCUGCGCGUGCAGGUCGAGAAGCGCAAGAAGAGGUCGGACGCCGAGGGCGGCGGGUGGGCGGAGCCCGCGAACCGGGCCAAGAUCCUCGGCGGCAGGCGCAAGGACGCCGCGGACGCCGAGAGCAAGUUCGGCGGCCCGAUGAGCGAGGUCAUCGUGCUGCAGAACAUGCUCGACGGCAUGGAGGACCUGGAGGGCGAGAUCGAGAACGGGCUCGGGCAGGAGAUCGGGGAGGAGUGCGGCGAAAAGUACGGUCGUGUCGAGAGGUUAUACAUCGACGUGGGGAAUCGGCAGGUGUUCAUCAGGUUCACAGAUCAGGUCUCUGCCCUUCGCGCUGUUGGCGAACUGGAUGGGCGCAUCUUCAACGGAAACACUGUGGUGCCCAAGUUUUACGACACGGAGAAGUUUGAACGAGGAAUCUACAAGUGA